AUGAUGCGAUCGGACGUGCGCGGGGGCGACGCGGAGGAAGAGGUGGACCGGAAGCCGGUGAUCAAGCCUGGCGUCCACGUGACGCUCAAGGUGCAGGACACGGCGGGGCCGACCCAGGAGCUGCAGGCGCUCAUGGACGCCUACUACGCCAGCGUGCCGGACGUCGCGUACGGCACGGGAAGGUUCCUGUACGACGGCGGGCGGCUGACGGGGGCGCACACGCCUGCGGAGCUCGGGAUGGAGGAACAGGACGAGAUCGACUUCUUCACCGAGCUGUUGGGUGGUGGCGGGCGACGUGCUGCUGCUGAACCUGGACGCCCGGUGGUCGCGUAACUCCCUGCUCAUCGUCGUAUGACUUAGCUUUGCGCGGGCCUGGGAGGAAGGAGCACACUGCUCGCUGCUCAUAUCGUUGUGCGCGCUUGCUUUUGAUGAAUCUGAUGAAGUUAUUAUGCAUCGUUACAUCUAUGGCAAGUGGUUAUAACAUGGUCUAAAA